AUGCCUUUCGCCUACGGCCUCUUCUUGCUUGCCAUUGUGGCGCAAACAGCAGCCCAGGGACAACCUGAUAUCCCUUACCAGGUUACUGCUGACUAUCCAACCCCUUGUUAUGGAGGCCCUGGUCCAGGUGAUGGAAGUAACAUUACCGAUAUUCAACCGCCGUGCUGCCUCUACAACAUGAAGGGAUACACAAGCGAUGGGGUUCAUAGAGAAACUGCCGGUAUCUUACUCAAAACCAACAGGCCUAGCUUGUCUGGCACAAUGCAAAUAAACGUCACUUUGAUGUUCAACUACUCCCUGCUCUAUCCCAAGUUUCUUGGUGUCGAAGUGGAGACGUAUGGAUUGGCUCACCUGAGUGUCGGUGAUGAAACCCGACAAUUCUACUUGUCCAUAGGCGGAGGCAACGUGAAGCGUUCCUAUGGCACUGGAGUGAUGGUCGAGACUCCGAUUAAUGAGGCUGGUUUUAUCCCUAACAAGGGGAGUGUUGUCCAUAUUUGGUCAUCAGAUUCUCUAAGAGGUACAGCUGAUAUGUACGGGCUGUCGAUAAUUGCUCUCCACACACCCUUCACCAAUGCAGUCGGUGUCGAAUUAAACUCAAUAAUAGACAUUCACAUGCUAAAGAGGAAAGAUGGUUGGGACUACAGGUUGGAAUACUUCUUUAGUGACUCGACUCACAAACUCGGCGUUUACGACAAGUAUGCCAUCCGCGGUUAUUUGCUGGACAAUUUUAUAGUGUGA